CAGGCCGGAGCAAGCGGGGGCCUGGCCGGAGGCGCCGCAGCCGCGGGGAAGCCGAGCUAGGCGGGAUCGGUCUGGCGCCAAGAUGGUAGAUUACAGCGUGUGGGACCACAUCGAGGUGUCGGACGAUGAAGAUGAGACGCACCCCAACAUCGACACGGCCAGCCUCUUCCGCUGGCGGCACCAGGCACGAGUGGAACGCAUGGAGCAGUUUCAAAAGGAGAAGGAGGAGCUAGACAAAGGAUGCAGGGAGUGUAAGCGGAAGGUGGCUGAAUGUCAGAGGAAACUGAAGGAGCUAGAGGUGGCUGAGCCCAAAGCCGGCCAAGCAGAGGUGCAGCGACUCCAGGCAGAGGCCCAGCAGCUGCGGAAGGAGGAGAAGAGCUGGGAACAAAAGCUUGAUGAACUGCGCAAGAAGGAGAAAAACAUGCCAUGGAAUGUAGACACACUGAGCAAGGAUGGCUUCAGCAAAAGUGUGUUCAAUAUUAAGCCAGACAAGGAGGAGGAUUCUGAGGAGCAGAAAGAACAGAAGCACAAGACCUUUGUAGAGAAGUAUGAGAAGCAGAUUAAGCAUUUUGGCAUGCUUCGGCGCUGGGAUGACAGCCAGAAGUACCUGUCUGAAAACCCACACCUGGUCUGUGAGGAGACUGCCAACUACCUGGUCAUCUGGUGCAUUGACCUGGAAGUGGAGGAGAAAUGUGCCCUCAUGGAACAAGUGGCCCAUCAGACAAUCGUUAUGCAGUUCAUUCUGGAGCUGGCCAAGAGCCUCAAGGUGGAUCCCCGGGCCUGCUUCAGGCAGUUCUUCACCAAAAUCAAGACAGCCGAUCAGCAGUACAUGGAAGGCUUCACAGAUGAGCUGGAGUCCUUCAAAGAGCGGGUGAGAGGCCGUGCCAAAGUGCGGAUUGAGAAGGCUAUGAAGGAGUAUGAGGAGGAAGAGCGAAAGAAGCGCCUGGGCCCUGGUGGCCUAGACCCUGUGGAGGUCUAUGAGGCACUGCCUGUGGAGCUCCAGAAAUGCUUUGACAUUAAGGAUGUACAGAUGCUGCAAGACACCAUCAGCAAAAUGGACCCUGCGGAAGCAAAAUAUCACAUGCAGCGUUGCAUCGACUCAGGCCUCUGGGUCCCCAAUGCAAAGGCAGCCGGAGGGCAGGAGAAAGGAGAGGAUGAAGCCCCAGCUUCAGACCUUGUGGGUGAGGCCAGGAAGGGCAGGGUCGAAGAGGAAGAAAAAGGGAACAUCUGAUCUGGCCUCUACUGCAAACUUUAUACCAGACUCUCUUUUAAGAUGACAAAACCAACAAAUAUAAGAAUAUACAAAAUAUGUGAGCUUUUGAGUCUCCUGCUCGCUUUCCACACCAAAACCCCCAGUGCUGGCAUUCCUCCCAACACCCCCUUUGUCCCAGCUCUGAUCCAAAUAUCUGCUUUGAGCGUGAAGGGGCUUCCAGAUGGCUCUGUGCCACCACUGCUGCCUCCCCUCCCCCCAUCAGUCAUUAUCUUGCCCUGUGCCCAGUAGGAGUGGGAGCUGGUACUGGGUCUUGGGGGAAGGAGCUUGGACUUAGAGCGACUAGGGUUGUAGGCAUGGCUCUGGGCACUGUUAUGAACCCAUUAGUGUGCUGUUGUGUCUAUUUUUGAGGUGAGGGUAACUGGCAAACAUCUUCAAAUAAAAGAUUUUGAGGAGUUGUGA